AUGGUGCAUACCUAUUUGGUCACGGUGCGGAUUCGGCGCGUGAGUGGCCCACCGCGAGUGAGAGCUUUCGUGGUACAAAUCCCGCGGCCCGUGGGCGAGUGGGCAGCGCCGGCUUUGCGGGCCGCCGCGGCCCUCGUGCUGACGCUAGUGAGGAGCCAGCGCAGAGCGCGGCAGCCGCAUCCUGGAAGACCAGGUCAUGAUGAUGGGCAGCACUCGCGUAGCGAAGCUGCUGCUGCUCCACGGCGCGGACCCGAACUGCGUGGACCCCGCCACUCUCGCGACACCCUGCACGACGCCGCCCGGGAGGGCUUCCUGGACACGCUGGUGGCGCUGCACCAAGCCGGGGCGCGGCUGGACGUGCGCGACGCCUGGGGGCGCCUGCCCGUGGACCUGGCUGAACAGCGGGGCCACCGGGACGUCGCCCGGUACCUGCGCGCGGCCGCAGGGAGCAAGGGAGGCAGUAGCCGCGCCCAUUCAAAUGCCGCACAAGGUCCCGCAGGUGAGGUGGCCGAUCUAGAAAUCUGA